UGAAUCAGAAGCCAGUAAAUACUUGAAAGAUAAAAAAUUCCUUGAAAUGUGUAUGAAAGUUUCGGCCCGAACGCACAACUACGAUUUUGGCGAGUACAUUCGAGGCUGGUGCGGCUCUCAGCAACUCCAGAAUUCUCCUUUAAUAUGGGAAUACUACAUGAGUCUCCUUUUGCAUAAAGGAAAGUACGAUGACUGCGUAAAUUUCUUUCUGCAGCACUUCACACGUGAGCCUCCUACGCGAGCCGUUUGCGAGAUUCUUUCUGCUGUGGCGAAAACCACAGCCAACCCCUUUCUAUCUGCGAGGCUUCUUCAAUUGGUUCACAAGCACGGCUACGCCCGCACAGAGCUUUUCGACGUGAACACCAUUUCGGCGAUGCGGAUCGAUCUUUCGCACUGUAAAGAUCGAAAUGAUCUCAAAAAGCGAGUGAUGUCCGCCAUUUAUUUAGACAAUGCGAUCGCUUACGUCAAUGCGGGCGCCACGGAAAUCACUGGGCCGGUCCUCCUCGCGCUGGCCGUUUCCUGCAGGGAAUCGGGUUUUCUCACGCGCGGUUUGGACAUUCUUAUGAAAAGUUCUGAACUUGAAGUAACUUUGGACUUUGCUUUGCUAAAAGAAUACUGCCUUGAAGAUGAAUGA